AUGCUCUACCGACUGCGUUUCCUAUCGGAGCAGGCGCCUCUUGAUGCUGCGAGCUUCAGCUACGUCUUCCCGCUUAUGCAGCGCGUCGUGGAGAGGGAGGCCAUCACUGACGACGGCGACGAGGCUGCCAUUCGCGAGCAGUCCACUGAGCAGCUCACCCUCGCGUUGGAUGCGUUGACGUUUCACGCUGCUUCCCUCUCCGAUAGAGCAUAUCCACGCAUUGGCGUCAUAUCGCUGCUCAUCGAGAUGGUCAGGAAGCAGUCGUCACUGAGAAGAGGCGCCGCGGAAACGCUGAUAGCGGUAGGCGAGACGAUCGCGGCUUCGGCGGAGGCCGAAGAGGAGUUGACGGGAAUCGAACCCUUCCCUCUCGCUUAUGAGAUCGCAACGCUGCUUUCAGGGACGCUCUCUGCGGAGGCGUAUGCACGACAGGCAUGUCUAAAUGCUCUCGUUCCGUUCGAUCUUACGGAGCUACGGGGCGGUACGGCACCGGAAGGCGGACUGGAUGCCUCUGUCACUGGCGCGCAGUUUCCCGCGUCCUUUGAGGGUACCACAGCAACGCAUGCGGGCGCAAAUUCUCAAGUCAUCGCAAGUCCCUUCGACGCGUCGCUCGUCGGCGACAACUGGUCCCCUGCUCUCUGGCUCGCUUGCCAUGACGUUGAGGACGAGAAGAACGUCGAUCUUGCGAGAGGUAUCUGGGAGGAUAAUGGGCUGGACGUGCCGGAAUUGGGCGAAGCCUGGGUACGCGUCCACGUUGGAUUCCUUGGCAUGUACUACUCUUCGAUUUGCUAUUACACCGCUUCCUAUGUGCGCAAGUCGGCCGCCGUCGCCUUGGCCGACGCUGUCUCCCUCAAGCCCGGUCCGACCAACACGAAUGCGGUGGAAACGCUCGCUGUACUGAAGGAGUACUACCGCGAGAAAGCCCGCAUUCUCGCUCCCGAGUUCGAUCAAUAUGGCAUGGUCAUUGCAUCGUCGCUUGAUCGAGCUGACCCGUGGCCUGCGCGCGAAGCUGUCGGACUUGCUUUUGCCCACCUUGCUCCUCACUUCCCGCUAGACGAAGUCGAACCGUUCUUCGGAUUCCUUAUCAGCGGCGCCGGACACGCAGCCAAGGACGACAGGGAAGGCGACCCUCCUCUCGGAGAUCGCGAGGCUGCCGUACGACGCGCCAUGCUCGAUGCAGGGGUGGCCGUCAUCGAUAUACACGGCGGCGACGCGAAGAUUCUCCCUCCCCUCAUCGCAAUGUUCGAGGCGCAGCUGGCCGCGGGUAGCGGUGGGACACCAGCGGGCGAUUAUAUUCAAGAAUCUGUUGUUGUCCUAUUCGGUCGCCUGGCGAGGCAUCUGGACGCGUCUGAUGCUCGCAUCCCGACCGUGGUCGACAAACUUGUCGACGCGCUUUCAACGCCGGCGGAGCAAGUCCAAAUCGCUGUCAGCGAAUGUCUCGCGCCGCUGGUGGCUGGUAUGGAGGAGUCAAAGGUUACGUCUCUCAUCGACCGCCUCUUCGACAAUCUCUUCAAUGCGCCCAAGUACGCCGUCCGCCGCGGUGCUGCGUAUGGUCUUGCGGGAGCCGUGCGUGGCGCGGGGAUCGGCGCGAUGAAGAAGUAUCAGAUCAUGGAGCGCAUCAAGGCAGCGACGGAAGACAAGAAGCGCUACGAACCCCGGCAAGGCGCUAUGUUUGCCACCGAGACCCUCGCCACCACGCUGGGUCGCCUCUUCGAGCCGUACAUCACGCUCGUCCUCCCUCUUCUCCUGACUGAGUUCGGCGACGCCGUACCCGACGUACGCGAGGCUACCCAAGAUGCGGCGAAGGUCAUCAUGUCGCGCUUGUCAGGGUAUGGCGUCAAGCUCAUCCUUCCCACGCUGCUCGAGGGCCUGGAGGAGAAGCAAUGGCGCACGAAGAAGGGUAGUAUCGAGCUCCUCGGUAUGAUGGCCUACUGCUCCCCUCGCCAGCUCAGUUUGAGCCUCCCUAUCAUCAUCCCUCGUUUGACUGAGGUCUUGACGGACAGUCACGCCCAGGUCCGUUCAGCUGCGAAUAAGAGUCUCAAGAUGUUCGGCGAGGUCAUCAGCAACCCGGAGAUUCAGAGCCUGGUUCCCGUCCUUCUGAAGGCGCUGGUUGAUCCCGCCAAGACGCCCAACGCUCUCACAGGCCUGCUGAAGACUAGCUUCAUGCAUUACAUCGAUCACUCCUCGCUGGCCUUGGUUAUCCCCAUCGUAGAGCGCGGCCUUAAAGAGCGCGGCGCGGAGACGAAGCGCAAAGCUGCUCAAAUUGUCGGCAAUCUUGCGUCGCUGACCGACACCAAAGACUUCGUACCGUACCUCAGCGCGCUCCUGCCCCUCGUCCACGUUGUACUUGCCGACCCAGUCCCCGAAGCUCGCGCGACUGCGGCAAAGGCCCUCGGUACACUCGUCGAACGACUUGGCGAAUCCUACUUUCCAGACCUUGUCCCAGGCCUCCUCCGAACCCUCAAGACGGAUACAUCUGGCGUCGACCGUCAAGGUGCCGCGCAAGGUCUCUCUGAAGUUCUCUCCGGUCUCGGUAUGGAGCGCAUGGAAGGUCUACUACCCGAUGUCAUCGCGAACGCGCAGAGCCCGCGCGCGACCGUGCGCGAAGGCUUCAUGUCGCUGCUCGUCUACCUCCCGGCCACCUUCGGCAUGCGCUUCCAGCCUCAUCUGCCCCGAAUCAUUGCUCCAAUUCUCAGCGGCUUGGCGGAUACGGAGGACUACGUUCGCGAUGCUGCGAUGCGCGCCGGUCGUAUGGUAGUCACCAACUAUGCGAACCGCGCGAUAGACCUCUUGCUUCCGGAGCUCGAGCAGGGCAUGUUCGAUCCGGGCUGGCGUAUUCGGCAAUCGUCUAUCACUCUCGUCGGAGAACUACUGUUCAAGGUCUCCGGUAUCUCAGGGAAGACGUCCGACUUUGACGAGGACGACACGGGCGAGGUGGAAGCCAAUGUUGCCGAGUCCUCUCGUAAGGCGCUGGUCGAGGUACUUGGUCAAGAAAGGCGCGAUCGCAUCCUUUCCGCGCUGUACAUCGUUCGGCAAGACAGCGUUCUCGUUGUCCGUACCUCGUCCAUCCAGAUCUGGAAGGCGCUCGUCCACAACACGCCAAGAACUGUUCGCGAGCUCCUGCCGGAGCUUGUCUCCCAACUCAUCGUGCUCAUCUCAAGCUCCGAAUUCGAUCAGCAGGACGUUGCGAACCGUACCGUGGCCGAGACAUGUCGGAAAUUCGGCGAGCGAUUCGUCGGCGAGAUGUUGGCUAUACUUCGCUCGAAGGUUCAGUCCACGGACGCGAGGACAAGGGAGGGCGUCAACUUGGUGCUCUGCGAGACGAUGCUCAAUUCCUCCGAGGCUCAACGCGAAGGCCACGAGGACGAGAUCAUCACGAUGGUUCGCAUGUCGCUCGUCGACGACGAGGCAAACGUACGGGCGGCAGCUGCCAAGGCGUUCGAUGUUCUUCAAGAGCAAAUGGGUGCGAAGGCGAUCGACGAGACCAUCCCGACGCUUCUCGAAGCGCUGCGUCAACCAGGGAAAGGUUCGGGCACCGCUCUGCAGGCGUUGCGAGAAGUCAUGAAUGUCCGCGCCGCCACGGUCUUCCCCGUUCUCAUCCCGACACUCACCGCCAUACCGAUGACGGUCUUCAAUGCGCGCGCCCUCGCGGCUCUUGUCACGGUCGCUGGAAACGCUCUAAGCAAACGUCUGACCGUCAUCAUCCAAGCUCUUGUCCGCGUUCUUGAAGAGACACAAGACGACGAGCUGCGGGAAGCUGUCGACGAGGCAUUGCGUGCACUUCUGUCGUCGAUCAACGACCUGGAAGGCCUCAACACGGUCAUGAUGGUAUUGCUGGACUGGGCAAAAGCACCCGCACCGCGACGCCGAGUGAGCGGCUACGAAUGCUUCGCGAUGUUCUGCGACGUCUCCGAGCUCGAUGCGUCCCUCUAUCGAGUCGACUGGAUACGGCAGCUGGUGUCCGGUUUGGAAGAACCUGACGUUCAGAUCCACACCGCCGCUUGGAAGGCUCUCGACACCUUCGUCAAGUCUCUACCGAAGGACGAACUGGAGCCCUUGGUCGUUCCCCUUCGGCGAAGCAUCGAGUCUACAGGUACCCCCGAACACCACGUCCCCGGCUUCAGCCUACCAAAGGGCGUUGCGCCCCUUGUCCCCAUCAUCAUUGCAGGCCUCACUACCGGCAGCAACGAGCAGCGCGAAGCCGCCGCGUACGCCAUCGGCGACCUCGUUGAGCGCACCGCCCCGGACGCCAUCAAGCCUUUCGUCGUCCCCUUCACCGGGCCGCUCAUUCGUGUCGCCACGCAAGCCACCGCAUACCCGCCGGGUGUCAAGGUCGCGAUCCUAACCGCACUCAUGGUCAUGCUUCAGCGCAUCCCGGUCUUCGUGAAGCCGUUCUUCCCUCAGUUGCAGCGCACCUUCGUGAAGAGUGCGGGAGAUCCGUCGAGUGUUGCUGUUCGUACACGUGCGGCAAAGGCGCUAGGUGCUCUCAUGAAGCAUCAGCCACGCGUGGACCCGGUCGUGACGGAGCUCAUUGCGGGAGUCAAGGCCAGCGAUGACCCUAUCGGAGCGAGCCUAGUGCUCGCGCUGGCGGAGACGGUCAAGAGCGCCGGACCGAGCGUCGGUGACAAGAUGCGCGAGGCCAUUGUAGAGCUCGUUAGCGACGCGCUGCGUGAUACGCAUGACGACCACUUCGCGCAAGCCAUUGGUGCCGUGCUGCGCGCCGGAUCCCUUCACUUCCCCGAAGCGUUCCGGGACGUCGUCGAAACCUACCUCGUUUCCGACACCCCGCAGACGCUCAUGUCGUCACAUGUCAUCUUGACAGUGGUCGAGGAGGACGAAGAAGACGAGUCGACGCACGGACAAUUGAACCUCUUUCAAAAACUCGGUCUUCUGCUCGGCGUAGCGCAGAAGGCGAUCGAAAGCGCAGGGAACGAACGGCCUGCCAUUGCGCGGCCGGCAAGACUAGCGAGAGACAUCAUCAAGGAGAUUGACGAUGAGAGCUUAUCAGGGUUGUUCUAG